GUUCCCAUUGGCAUGCUAGGAGUGUUUCUCAGCCUGCAUCGCCACAGGCACCAUCUCUGUGAAACCAGACAGCCUUCAGCAGUCCUAGUUUUCUGCUGUUCUUUCAGUCCGACCACAAUAACCAUCACCUCUGCAGAUAUAACAGCGAUUGGAAAAAAUACAGACAGCCACACAGAGCCACCAUGGCGGGAAAUGCUCCGUUUGGCACAGACUCCACUCCUGAAGUAGUUGUUAAGAUAAUUGGAAGCAAACUCGUCAAAUCUUUUGUAGAAAAGCCAAGAAGGAAUAAAGCAGUCUGCAUUGAAACACAGAGCCUUGUCUCCCCCCCUGCAUUGUCUCCCCCUUUGCAUUCUAAUAAGGCUGUGACGGAUGAAGCACCUCCAGAUAAACCCAGCACUCCACAGGGGAACAUGGAGAUGAGGCAACCUGGGGAGAGUGCAGAGCAAACCCCAGCAGAGCUGCCUUCAGAACAUUUGGAUGUUCAUUGUGUCACAGCACCUACAGGAGAUCAAACACUCUCUUACAUACAUUGCCAAAAGAAGCCAUCACAGAGGAGCCUCUUCACUACUGCAAGUCCAUUUUCCUCUGGAGCUCAGCAGAAUCACACAGAGCCUCCUCACGCAGAGCUCCUAGACCCUGCUCCCUCCUUCAGCACUGCCCUGCUUACAGUUGUCAGUAGGGAGAUGCAUUGCUGCAGCACAAGAGCAUUGGAGAGCAUGGAAGAAGAGCUGCAAAGAUUAGACCCCGCCCACUCUGGUGUGAUCCAUCAAUCACAGCUGGGAUUGGCGUUCUUACAACACGAAGUUCCGCUUAAAUUGACGACUUUAAGACGGCUCUUCCAAACUUUUGCAGACUCCACAUGCCCAGACCAGGUGAAUUACAAGGAGCUGGUUGGUUUUCUGUUGAGAGCAGUGCAGACAGGCAGGCUGGAUGCACGCGAUGAGAAGGGAUCCAACAGUCUUAAACAAUCGCAAGUGAAAGAAGCCCUGACCUCAGGAACGAACACGGCAGGCAAAAGAGGGCUGAACUUGGAAAAGCUUCAUCAGAAUUUCCAUCAAGCUGACUUCAAAACCACAGGGCAGCUGCUGCCACACACAACCGAGGAUGACGGAAGCCCUGCUUUGGGAGCGCAGAUUCAGAGAUUUUCCAAAUCCACAGGGAUGGCUAGGCAAACUGUCUACACCCAAGAGUCCGAGACUUGGCUGGAGCGAUUCAGCCAGCUAGAGAGAGCCAUGCGCAUGUGCGAUCACAGAAACACUGGCACGCUGGAGAAGGGGGAAGCAAAACGUCUCAUCCAUAACUACAACCAAAUUUUCAAUCUGAACCUGAGUCCCCUGAGAACUGAGCAGGCGCUGCACACCUUUGAGACGCACGGGGAAGUAACCUUGGACUCAGUGUUGCAGCAUCUCAAGGAGUUAUAAUAAUAAUAAUAAAAACCAUAUACUGUUCCUCUUACACCUGUAAAAUACAUGCAUACUUAGUAAAUACAUGUGUACUUUACAAUGGCACUGUGCAUAGUUACAAUGUAAUAAAUGUGUAAAUCUUUUUGCUUGAUAUAACCCUAACCCUUUUCUGAUACAAUUGUGUACUUGCAUAUAUCCUGCACAAAAGAUGUUCAUGUCACUUACAUUGUAACUAUGCACAAUAAACAAGGAUUUACCAAGUAACUCCACAGUAAUUACAGACACAAUGUAAAGUGUUACCAAAAAAUCAUAAUUAGUGUAAAUAUUAUUUAAUCUCCCUCUCAGAAAAGCAGAUGCAAACUUCCCAAUGGAGCAAACAGAAUGAUAACUAGACUCACUGAUUUAUUAGUAUAGGCUUUUUGAAUGUGUUGUGAUGUUGUGAUUUUAAAGAUUGGUUUACUGGAUUUUAGCUUCAUAUAACUUUUUUUACCUUAAACAUUGUUGAAUGAUAAGCAGCUGUUUUUUUUUAUUUCUGUUUUAACUCAUCCUUAUACAUGCUUAUUGAUUAAAAGCCAUCAGGUUGCCUCAUAUGUUUUUAGUUUU